CUUAUGUACAUCCCCUGCUGUGCACAGGACCCAGAGCUCUCCAUAGUUAUUGAAAUAGUGGACAUUUGCAAUUCUUAAUGUUAAUUUUUAAUCAUAAUAAAAUGUAUUUAAAAUAUUAAAUAAGUAUUUGUUAAUAUUGUUUUAUUUCACAAGAUGCCCUUUAAUGGCAAACAUAAUUUCUAUAAAAAUUUCAGGAUGGAUAUAUUAUGUGAUAAAUUUUAUCAAUUAUUAAAUGUUCUGAAAAUAAUUUGAUAAGGAUUUCAAAACUACAAUGUCUUAGAUUAAUUUACAUGCCACUUUCACCGUGGAAAGAGAACUGAAAAUCCAUUUUGGCAUAAACUGCUAACUUAUUUUAACCAAAACAUUGUACUUAAAUUGUAACAAGUAAAUAUUAAAUCUUAGACUAUUUCCCUUUAGUGUACUAUGACAUUGAUUUCAAAAAUUAGGGUUGUGGAUAGCAAAGUAUUUUUUCAAUUGCUGCUUCCUUGAACUGUUACAUUGUCUUUCUUAGGUCUCCUUGGGUACAGUAAGAUGAGCAAUGUUAAAUCAUAUGUCUGCUGAUUCUCCUAUCAUUCAUCUCCAUGGUAGCAUGUGAACUACUAAUGAUUACUGUUUUGAUUCUGAGACGUAGUUUGAACCAGAAUUCUCUUAUAAGUCCUAAUCCCACAUCUGUUAAUCUUACAGAAGGGAAGCCAUGUGCAGAAAUCCUAACCAAACUCCUUUUCUCUCAUAUUUUUUGCCUAAUUGCACGUGUGAUUGUUUCUUUAAACUUUCUAACCUAAGAGACCUUCCAGAAUUAAAAAAAAGAGCACUGCCGUUUGGCUUCAGAGUGAGCUUGUGAUUGCUACCCUGAUGUUUCUAUAAUUGUACAAUUCACUACGCAGUUGUUUUUUCAGUGAUAAAAACAAUCAACAACUGGUCGGUAGUGGCACAUACCUUUAAUCUCAGGACUUGAAAGGCAGAGGCAGGCUGAUCUCAAGUCCAGUCUGGUCUACAGAGUUCUGGGAUAGCUAGGACUACAGUCCUGUCUCGAAAAACAAAACUAACAAGCAAAGCACAGUCAAACAAUAAUUUUCAAAUGACUAUUUGCAAUAUAGAGAUGACAUUGUAGCUAUAGAGUUUCUCCAAUAUUUUCAAAUGGAAAGCAUCAUAUCCCAAAAGCCUGCAAAACUAAGACAUUUUAUAGUUGAUGGGUUGAUAAAUACUGUGAACAGUAUCCUUAUUGUACCUUAUUUUAAUGUCUCCAAUUCCAUUUUGUUAUUUUCAUUAGAAUAUUAUUAGGACAAGGGGUAUGAUUGAAAACAUGAGGCUCAGCUGUAAUUUAGGGUAGUGAGACUAUGCAAAUUUUAAAUAGCCAUUUAGGAAGCCAAAAGAAUAGACACCCAAGAUGGAAUGCAGACUAUGACAAAAACAUCUAACUGUGUCACAAAUGUUUGAAAUAUUCUCACUGAGAAGAGAUAGAGCAAGGUGCUGACCUCCCUAUCUAGAAACUAAUCUGUAAGAUAAAAGGCAUCGACAAGUGUAUAUCCCCUGAGCACUGUUGAUUCCACUCUUAGGCUAAUCUUAAUGCGGUAUGACAAGACCAUUCUUGCCCGGGUUGGUGGGAUGACUGAAAUCUAGCACGUGAAAACUAAGAUGGGAAGAUAGAGGGCUUAAGGACAGCCUGGGCUGUAUACUGAGACCUCAUCUAAAGCAAGCAAACCAAAGAUAUAUUUCCAUACAUUAGUUUAUUAAGCCUGUAUCACGUGUAAUUUAUCUCAUGUUUACUUUUGUCUUCAUAGAAUUUAAUAAGUAAAAAAAAAUCGAUGAUGACUUGUCUCAUGGUCUUGUGCUGUUCUGUAUGAAAAGUGUAUAGAAAAUGCAAGUUAAUUCUGAAACUGUUCUGCCUCCCCCAAAAGCACACCAUACCUUGAUAUAGCCGUAAGGAAAACAGACAAAUCCCAACUGGGGAACAUUCUACUGCUCAAAACCGAAAUGGUCAUUAAAAACAAGGCAUGUCUGAUCCAGUGUCACAGCCAAGCACGUCUAAGGAGACACAGUAAAUGCUUCUUCCAGCUUAAAUAGAGCUUGGGGAGAAGACAAAUGUUAUGAUAAAAGUAAUAUACUAUCGUAGGAUGUUAAUAAUAGGGAAGCCAGCCUUAUUAUACACAGGAACCUUCCUCUGCAAUAGUCCACAACAGUUCAUCAAAUGUCCUGUGGUUUAGAGUUAAAGGUUUAUUAAUUUUUGAAAGAUCACUCAUGAAUAAGUAUCUAAAACUUUGAACAAACGAUGAAUGAGUUUAUUUAGGUUUUGUAACUUAGUUCAAGUGGAGCAGUUCAGAAGUCCUGAGUGUUCUUCCCUGUUCAGUGUUUGAGUGGCUUCAUUUAACUCUGAAAACUAGUAGUGAACUGUAACUGGCAUGAUGACUCACCACUGCUUCUCAUAGACAUACUGCUUGUGCUGAGUUGGCAACCAGGUUAUUUAAAGUUAAUCUGUUUUCUCUUACUCUAUUUUAGAUGAAUUAAAUAAUUUGGGGCGUCCUGAUAAUAAAGAACAAACUGGCCAGCCUUUGGUCUAAGUCCACUCCAGCUCUUCUUCUAACCAGCAACUACUUCACAAGUACAGUUGUCAAGCAAAGGACAAAGUUGCUCUUUUGAUAGGAAAUAUGAAUUACUGGGAGCACCCCAAGCUUAAAGCUCCAUUGGUGGAUGUGUAUGAAUUGACCAACUUAUUAAGGCAACUAGAUUUCAAAGUUGUUUCAUUGUUGGAUCUUACUGAAUACGAGAUGUGUAAUGCUGUGGAUGAAUUCUUACUACUUUUAGACAAAGGAGUAUAUGGCUUGUUAUAUUAUGCCGGGCAUGGUUAUGAAAACUUUGGGAACAGUUUUAUGGUCCCUGUUGAUGCUCCAAAUCCGUAUAGGUCUGAAAAUUGCCUCUGUGUACAAAACAUACUGAAAUUAAUGCAAGAAAAGGAGACUGGACUGAAUGUGUUCCUGUUGGAUAUGUGUCGGAAAAGAAAUGACUACGAUGAUACCAUUCCAAUCUUGGACGCACUGAAAGUCACUGCCAAUAUCGUGUUUGGAUAUGCCACGUGCCAAGGAGCAGAAGCCUUUGAAAUCCAGCAUUCUGGAUUGGCAAAUGGGAUUUUUAUGAAAUUUUUGAAAGAUAGAUUAUUAGAAGACAAGAAAAUUACUGUGUUACUGGAUGAAGUUGCAGAAGAUAUGGGUAAAUGCCACCUUACCAAAGGCAGACAAGCUCUAGAGAUUCGCAGCAGCUUAUCUGAAAAGAGAGCACUGACUGAUCCAAUCCAGGGAGCUCCUUGCUCUGCAGAGGCUCUGGUACGCAAUCUGCAGUGGGCCAAGGCUCACGAACUGCCAGAGAGUAUGUGCCUUAAGUUUCAGUGUGGUGUUCAUAUUCAGUUAGGAUUUGCUGCCGAGUUCUCCAACGUCAUGAUAAUCUACACAAGUAUAGUCCACAAGCCACCUGAGAUAAUAAUGUGCGACGCCUAUGUUACUGACUUCCCUCUUGACCUAGAUAUUGAUCCAAAACAUGCCAAUAAGGGGACUCCAGAAGAAACUGGCAGCUACUUAGUGUCCAAAGAGCUCCCCAAGCACUGCCUCUAUACUAGACUCAGCUCACUACAAAAACUAAAGGAACAUCUGAUCUUCACAGUCUGUUUAUCCUACCAGUAUUCAGGACUAGAAGACACUGUGGAAGAGAAGCAGGAAGUGAGUGUCGGGAAACCUCUUAUCGCCAAGUUAGACAUGCAUCGAGGACUGGGCAGGAAGACUUGCCUCCAAGCCUGUCCCAUGCCUGAUGAGACUUGCCACAGCUCCACAUCUACCUCAGCGGGAGCAGGGCACUUCCAUUCCUCCCAAGACUCCUUCCACGAUGUGUACCAUUCUCAGCUCGGCAACUCAGACAGUGCUAUGCCACCAGACAGGUGCCAUUGCAGCCGGACUCCACAUGCGUUCAUUUCCAACUAUCCCCCCCACCACUACUGCCAGUUUGGUAGAAGUAAUGUGCCUGUAGAGACGACUGAUGAAAUGCCGUUCAGUUUUUCUGACAGGCUUAUGAUUUCUGAAAACUGACCUUCAUGUUUUUGAAAAUUAGAAUAGUUAGAGUAAACUCACAUAAUUUAACACUUAUAAAUAAGGUGUGGUGAAAAGGCAAAUGCGUACGUAUGGAGAGAAAACUAGCAACUGUUUUUAUAGCAAGUUCUCAGGAAUAUGAAACUUUAGAAUUACAUUAUUUAAGCUGGGCAGUGGUGGUACACAUCUUUAAUCUCAGCACUCAGAAGGCAGAGGAAGGGGCAGAUCUCUGAGUUCGAGACCAGCCUGGUAUACAUAGUGAGUUCCAGGGCAGCCAGAGAUACAGAGAAAUCCUGCCUAACAAAAACAAAAGCAAAAAAAAGAUUACAUUAUUUAACCAGACUCUCUUGCUUUUGUCCUGUUUUAAGGCUUUGUGAAUUAAUUUGUUCUGUAAAAAUGGGGGGCUGGGGAUUUAGCUCAGUGGUAGAGCGCUUACCUAGGAAGCGCAAGGCCCUGGGUUCAGUCCCCAGCUCCGAAAAAAAGAACCAAAAAAAAAAAAAAAAAAAUGAAGUAUGGGGCCUGUAAAUAGUGCUCAAUGGUGCAGUGCUCAGCUAACGUGUGGAAGGCCCUGGACCUGCUCAUCGUUACUGGAGGGGAAAAUGUGUUAUUAGAGUAAAUGUGUAUGUGUAUCAGAUGGUUUCAUUUUGACCACUCAGAAGAGCCGUGAAAUGGCGUUAUUAUAGAUUGAGUUAUGUUGCUAACACCAAAAGAGAACCCUUUCUCUUUUUCAGAGUUAUUUUAUUUAUGUGUAUAUGUGGGAGUCUCAGUGUGUAUGUGUACUAAUGGAGACCAGAAGAGGGCAUCAGGUCCUGGAACUGGAAUUACAGGCAGGUGUAAGCCACUCAGUGUGAGUGUUAGGAGCUGAACCUAUUUCCCCUCCAAGUGCUCUUAACAUCUCUCAUCCCCAGAGAGAACCUUUCAGUCAUUGGGCUUAAUAACUUCAUUUUAUCAAGGGGAAAACCAGCUAGAGGCUAGCUGUCUUACUGGAGCACAACUGAAGUCUCAGUUCUAGUCUCAAGUUUUUCUUCCAGUGCUUUCUGCUCUACAAGUGGUUUUGCCAGACUGUGAUGGUGCAUGCCUUUAAUCCCAGCACUCAGGAAACAGAGGCAAGUAGACCUCUGUGAGUUCGAGGCCAUCCUGGUCUACAAAGAAAGUCCAGGACAGCCAGGGCUACACUAAGAAACCUGUCUCAAAAAAAACAAAAACAAAAACAAAACAGUCUUAGAGCUAGGGUAAUGGCUCAAUUAAUAGAGUGCCAAGGGUGAAGACCAGAGAUUGGAUCCCCAGCAUCUGCAUAAAAGGUUGAGGGUGUAGACAGGCAAUUCCCUGAGCUGUUCGGCUAGCCAAAUCAAGGCUGUCUAAACAAGGUAGGAAGCAGCUGAGGAAGACAGCCACUGUCAACUUCAGUGUCCAGUUGUGUGUAUGCAUAUGCACUCACACAACAUACAUACAUACACACAAAGGUCUUGGGAGAAUGCUAGCACAGAAAGUAGGCAUUUGGACUGUCGUGGGGUUUCUGUUACUAUGGUAAACACUAUGACCAAACACAAGUGGGGAAGAAAAGAUUUAUUUCAGCUUACAAUUCAGGUGAUACUCCAUCACUAAGGAAAGUCACUGAUGGAGAGGCCAUGGACGAGUGCUGCUUAUUGGCUUGCUCUCCAGGGCUUGCUCAGCCUGCUUCCUUACAGCAUGUAGGACUAACAACCCACAGUGUGAUUGAUUACUCAUCAAUCAAGGAAAUGCACCACAGACCCUACAAGCCAACCUGAUGAAGGCAUUUUCUCAGUUGAGGUUCCUCUUCCAAAAGGACUAGUUUGUGUCAAACUAACAGAAAAAGGCCAGCAUAUGGACCUUCCCUCAACCUCUUUAAAGUGUGUGACCUUUCAAGUCUCUGGCUUGAGCAUAAAAGCCAGGUAACCUUGUCAGUAAGUCACAAAUCCUUGUCAAAUCCCAUAGCCAGAGCUUAGGUCCGUGCCGUGUACAUGAGGACAGGUUUAACAUGACUGUUGUUUUACUUUCGUGGGUUCUCUUAACAAACAGCCUGGUAUUUGUGUAUUGUCUCCUGUUAUCUGAGACAAUCCAUAGAUAAGUUACGGAGGCUGGAGAGAUAGCUCAGAGGUUACGAGCACUGGCUGCUCUUCCAGAGGUCCUGAGAACCACAUGGUGGCUCACAAGUGUCUAUAAUGAUGUCUGGUGCCCUUUUCUGGCCUGCAGGCAUAUAUGCAGGCAGGACACUGUAUACAUAAUAAAUCUUUAAAAGAAAAAGAUAAGUUAAAAGUGAAUUGUAUUCACUCCAGAAUUACUUUGUAAAAACAAAAAUGCAUAUUUAACAUGACCAGUUUUUAAUGUACAAAAUAUUCUGUGUAGCAACCCAGAACAGCAUAACAGUUUAUCUGCAUUGGGAUUAUAUUCUUGUUUGCUUAGCUGUGUUUUCCUAAUUGUAUAUACUGAACAACUGUUGUGUAACUUAAAAUACAGAUGUAUGCAACUAUUAUAAA